GUGGCGACUCGAGAAGGCGCGCAGUCGCAGACAGAUUGAGUCUAUACGGUUCUCAUGUGUUGUAUAACCGCGCGGCGCCUCUCGGCAGUUCAGCAUUACUGAUCGAGUUCAGUUCUUGUGACAGUUCAGAUCUAUUUAGAAGAAUGGCAGAAACCGCUCCAGCUCCAGCUGCUCCACCGGCCAAAGCGCCCAAGAAGAAAACUGCAGCCAAGGCGAAGAAAACGGGUCCGAGCGUGAGCGAGCUCGUCGUCAAAGCUGUGACAGCCUCCAAGGAGAGAAGCGGCGUCUCCCUCGCUGCCCUGAAGAAAGCGCUCGCCGCCGCCGGCUACGACGUGGAGAAGAACAACUCCCGCGUAAAGAUCGCCAUCAAGGGUCUGGUGACUAAAGGCACCUUGGUUCAGACUAAAGGCACCGGCGCGUCUGGCUCAUUCAAGCUGAACAAGAAGCAAGCAGAGACCAAGAAGGCCGCUCCUAAAGCAAAGAAACCCGCAGCCAAAAAGCCCGCAGCUGCCAAGAAGCCCAAGGCUGCAGCAGCAAAGAAAUCUCCGAAGAAGGCAAAGAAGCCCGCUGCCACAGCCGCUAAGAAGGCGACAAAGAGCCCCAAGAAGGCAACCAAGAGCCCCAAGAAGGCAACCAAGAGCCCCAAAAAGGCAAAGAAGCCGGCGGCUCCUAAGAAAGCAGCAAAGAGCCCGAAAAAGGCGAAGGUUGCGAAGCCCAAGACGGCAAAGCCUAAAGCGGCCAAGCCUAAAAAGGCCGCACCCAAAAAGAAGUAA